AUGGAAAUGCGCGUGGAUCACUUGACCAGAUUGUAUGAACUGAAAGACAAAGACGUCCAGGAACUAAUCAAGCAUUUCAGCUCGGUUCUCAAAACGAUCGUGAAGUCCCUGAAUGUUUCCGUUUCUGAAGACAUAGAAUCGUUAAUGGUUGCUUUCAACAAGUCCGUGGAAAUGGUCAGGUCACCGAUGGCACAUUUCGACGUAUACACAUUCCUACCCCAUCUGCGGUCCCACGAGAAUUAUUUGAGGCCUUUGAUAUUACAUUCCGGAGGCAGAAAUGCAGUGUCAAUGGUGUUUGGAGUUCCUACUGUUCGUCGCCAACAACAGACCUACUUGAUACAGACAUUGAUUAACAUCGUAAGCAACAUGAAUCAAACUGAACAAAAAGAUUCGUUAAUAGUAGUGAUGAUUGGCGAAAUCGAUCAGGAAUACACGCAACAAGUUACUGCGGAAAUCAAAAAUCGGCUACCGGAAGCAGUGAGUUCGGGUCUCUUGGACAUAAUUGCUCCGUCCCCGGAAUAUUAUCCAGAUUUCAACAAGCUUCGCAUUACGCUCGGUGACUCCGAAGACCGGGUCCGCUGGAGGAGCAAACAAAAUUUAGAUUAUGUUUUCUUGAUGAUGUACUGCCAGCCGAAAGGAUCGUUUUACGUUCAACUUGAAGACGACGUAGUCGCGAAGCCGCAAUUUCACACUAUUAUGAAAAAAACGGCUUUGCAGAGGAUAGCCGACGGACAAGAGUGGUUCAUAUUAGACUUCUGUCGACUUGGUUUUAUCGGCAAAAUGAUGAGAUGUUCAGAUUUACCGUGGCUGAUACAAUUCAUCGUGAUGUUUUAUAACGAUAAGCCGGGGGAUUGGCUUUUAGACGGAAUGAUGGAGACCAAAGCUUGUAAUCUUGAAAAAGAUUUUAGGGAUUGUCGAAAACGAAAAGACGAAAUAUGGGUGACAUUUAGACCGUCUCUUUUUCAACAUAUUGGAACCAGGUCAUCUUUGAACGGCAAAAUUCAACUGUUGAAGGAUAGUCUUUUCAAAAAAAGCGUCAACGUAAAACGGAUAAAUAAAAUCAGAGGAAAAUGA